ACAAACAUUUCAGACCUGUCUAGUGUCCAGCAUCUAUCCACCAGAGAGCCAUUGCUGACGCAUUUGGAAUCGUGUGACUGUUUGUGUAUUCGUGUGUGCGUGUGUUUGUGUGUGUGUGUGUGCGUGUGGUUGCUGAUAGGGCAAGAGCCAUUAGCUCAUGCCUCUUUCUGUUUGUCUGCCAGUCUAUGUUGACAAGAGAGGACAAAUAUCAUAUAUCCAUCGGAUCUUGGCCAUAUGGUCUUCUUCACAUUACUGUACAGUAUCUUGUAUAUGUAUUGCAUGCGCCUCUAGCUGUUCUCUCUUCAGGCCGCUAGGGAGCGCUGCUCCGCUUCCCAGCUGACAGUGAAGCAGCGCUCUCUGUCUUCCAGGCGGAGAGGUGGGAGCGCACCAACAGUCUGCCUGACUCCCCGACCGCAUCGCACCUCUGUCCCGUCACACUCGGCUACUUUCUCGCCGCUUCCCCCUAAAGAGGAUAAACGGGGAAUUCUCGGAGCAAAACAAAAGCCUGAUUGGGGAGGUUUUAAUGUGGAUGUUUCCUCCAUGUUGGUGGAGAGUAUGGUGUAACUUCCCCGCUCCAGUCGAACCUAAGCGGCCGGUGUGAGAGAGGAGCCGUUGUCUGGUACCGGAGAGGGGAUGCGAGCCUCUCCUGCGUCUCGGAUAGCGGAGCGGCUAUGAGGAGAGAGGAUCACCUGCUGGGCUAACCAAACAAGACCACACCGCACCAACAGAAUGCGGGAACGAGGUCCUUGCAUUUGCGGAGUAGGUGUGUGGAGCCUACUGCUGUCCCUGUGUCUGGCCUCCCUCACACAGGCACACAGGAGCCACACGGUGCACGUGAAGGCAGGGACGUGUGAGGUGAUCGCUGCUCAUCGCUGCUGCAACAAGAACAAGAUCGAGGAGAGAUCUCAGACUGUCAAAUGUUCCUGCUUCCCUGGACAGGUCGCUGGCACCACCCGGGCCAUGCCCUCCUGUGUCGAUGCCUCCAUUGUAGCUCAGAAGUGGUGGUGUCAGAUGCACCCUUGUAUGGAUGGUGAAGAGUGUAAGGUUCUCCCAGACCUCACAGGAUGGAGCUGCAGCACAGGCAACAAAGUCAAGACCACAAAGGUGACCCGAUAGUCCUGCCUGUCUCAAGGAGAGCAGAAAUGGCGUUGGAGAUCCUUAAAUAGCACAAUGGACCUAUUAGUGGUGAGGAAACACACUCGGAGAGACUUCUAUGACGAACCAGUAAUUGUUUCAUUUUUCUGAGGAUAUCCAAGAUGUGGAGGCUGAAGAGACAGGACUCUAACACCGUCUUUCAUCAACUUAAACACUACUGAGUGUCCUUGGUCCUUUCCUGCACAGGACCGCAUCACCCACAAUCCUUUAUUUCUUCUACAAACAACAACUUCAACCAAGUGAACUAUGACCUAAGCAGCACUUGAUUAAAUGACAAAAAAAAAAACUUUCCAACAAUCUGUAUUCUUCAUCUCUCUUCUAUGGCUUAGUUGUGUUCCAUACGCAUACUGGGAAUGAAGGGGAUCUGGACUAUAGAUGGCUAUCCUGCAUUAUAAACGUCACUACAAAAAAUGGGGGAUGGAAUCCAAAAUGUCUGCCUCAUCUAGUCGGGAUGACACGUUUAAAUUUAACUGUGCCACAUAUGACACACCUGAUACUGUCAAAAUGUUUCUCAGAUCUGAAACUAAACUUUUUUUUUCAGAUCUCACAUCCAUCAGAAUAUUUUACCUUAAAUAGUUUGUGGCUUCCCACAUGCCAUUUUUUAAAAUGGGGAGACAGUUUGUCGGUCUUCUUUUUUCUUUUGUUUUUUGACAAAGGACGAAAUCCUUUCAGGGUGAGGUUAGACUAAUACCAAGUAGAUGUUAUGAAAUAUUGAAACAUGUAAACGUGUAAAAAAAUGGUCCAUUGAAUCAACGGGGCUAAAAAUAAAGUGACGCUCUAAUGGUUUUAAUAUCUGUGUUUUUAAACGCCUGUUAACCGCUAUUGAGUA